AUGGACCUAACAUUGGUGCAACCACUAUGUGCUGCUUACAGUUUCUCUUCUGGUACUCUGCAGGUUGAAUUUUCAUAUCCACCAUUGGUUCCAGAAGAAGGGCAUGAUGGUCACAGCUUGCCUGAGGAGUGGAAAUACCUCCCAUUUUUGGCCCUUCCUGAUGGAGCACACAACUAUCAGGAAGAUACCAUUUAUUUUCAUUUGCCUCCAAGGAGUGGAAAUCGAAAGACAGUUUAUGGUGUUUCCUGCUACCGACAGAUUGAAGCCAAGGCCCUGAAGGUACGGCAGGCUGAUGUCACAAGAGAAACUGUUCAGAAGAGCGUUUGUGUACUCAGUAGGUUGCCCCUUUAUGGAUUGCUUCAAGCAAAAUUGCAGCUCAUCACACACGCUUAUUUUGAGGAGAAAGAUUUUUCACAGAUUUCCAUUCUAAAGGAACUUUAUGAACACAUGAAUAGCUCUUUAGGAGGAAAUGCAUUAGAAGGCUCCCAGGCUUGCUUAGGUCUGUCUCCACGGGACCUGGUUCUCCAUUUCAAGCAUAAGACGAUAAUUCUCUUCAAGUUGAUUCUUUUGGAGAAAAAAGUUCUGUUUUAUUUGUCACCAGUAAGUCGUCUGGUUGGAACCCUGAUGACUGUUCUGUCUCUCUUUCCAGGAAUGGUAGAACAUGGUCUAGCAGAUUCAUCACAUUACAGACCACGAAAAAGCACCUCCGAGGACGUUGCACUCCAAGAGCAUGGUUUGAAUGCUGAAGAUUAUGUUUCCAUUUCUGUGUCAGAUAUUUCAAACCCUGCUUCAGAAUUCAGUGUAGAAACAAAAUAUCCAGGAGGAGAUCAUCAUGAGAAGAUGAUAGAAAAGGUGGUAACCUUUUCAGAUGUACAGAGGUCUAAGCACACAGAUAGUAAACUACAGCAGCAGUUGCGACUGCCACAGCACAUUUCACCCAACUCAUCAGAGUGUGACUGGGAAACUUUGGAUCCAAGCAUCCUUCAUGCUGACAAUGGGGUAAAAGAAGAGGUGUUAAACGAAAAGGAUAAUUCUGACAAAAGAGAAGCGUUUACAUCAGAUUCCUCAGAUUCCCCAUCCUUGCCGAUCACAGUGCAACCACAGGCUAACACAGGCCGGACAGUGAUAGUCCCAGGGCUAAUUUCAGGUCUGGAGGAAGAUCAAUAUGGUAUGCCUUUAGCUAUUUUCACGAAGGGUUAUCUUUGUUUACCAUACAUGGCUUUGCAGCAGCAUCAUCUUCUGUCUGAUGUCACUGUCCGUGGGUUUGUUGCUGGGGCAACAAAUAUCCUUUUUCGCCAGCAGAAGCACUUAAGUGAUGCAGUUAUUGAUAUCGAGGAAGCUGCAAUUCAAACACAUGAUCCGGAGCUACGGAAGGUGUUGAACCUCACCACAGCAGACCUACGGUUUGCAGAUUUUUUGGUGAAACAUGUAACUGAAAAUAGGGAUGAUAUCUUCCUCGAUGGGACAGGCUGGGAAGGAGGAGAUGAAUGGAUCAGGGCCCAGUUUUCACUCUAUAUCCAUUCCCUUCUUGCCACUACUGUGCAGCCAGAUAAUGAAAAAAUGUUAGCAGACUAUGGCGUUUUGUUUGUCUCUGCAUGGAAGAAUACACACAAUUUCAGAGUGUGGAAUAGCAACAAACAUCCUGCUGUCACUGAAAUCAAUCCCGGGCAUCCAUUCCAGGGACAGUACAAUGUAUCAGACGUCAAACUAAGAUUGUCACAUUCUGUACAGAAUAGCGAACGUGGGAAGAAACUUGGCAAUGCAAUGAUCUCCACAAGUCGUAGUAUGGUACAAACAGGAAAGGCAGUCGGUCAGUCUGUAGGAGGGGCACUGACAAGUGCCAAGUCUGCAAUGACUUCUUGGUUUUCUACCUUCAAUCAACAGGCCACAACACCCCACUCUGAAAGGCAAAGCGGGAAACACUGACCACAUCAGAGGUGUGACACCGAGUACAUGCACUGGGAAGUAUUCGGAACGCCUUUGGUAAAAGCUACUGGAAGAAACACAGGGGCUGGCCCACUUUGCCAUCUUCGAAAGAUAACCAAGUAGUGAAGUUCUAUAUUAGGAAGUUGUGGGGCUGUGUAUGGAAAAGACAAGAGAAUCAAACACUAGUCUGUUUGAAAGUCCUGUUUCAAGCAUAUUUAUUUUUCUAACAUUGACAUAUAAUGUCUUUCAAAUCAACCAAGUCUACUUAUAAUCUUCAAAACAACACGCAUUUAGAAUCCUUGUCCUGUGCAAGCUUCUUUCACUUUUAAUCCCUCUAGUAUGCAACAUGGUGAACUACCUUCUGAAUGCAGAAUCAAAUUUAUAGCUGCAUAAUAGACUGUCAAGAGUAUUGUUUCACAAGAUCUUUGUAAUGGGUUUAUCCUAGUUGUAUUUUAUUCAAAUAUUUAAAUUGUGAAACUGCAGAGAUGUAUACUAUAGUUCAUUAUUCUAUAAAAAUUAUAGCUUUGAAAAUGUUUUCCUGUUAUCACUCUAAAAUAGUGAACUUUGAUAUAAAUGUUACAUACCAAAAAAGUAGUCUUACUUGUAAUUAUGUCAUCGGAAAUGUUUUCCUGUUUGAGAUUUUUGCACAGCUGUAAAGUUAUGUUUAAUUUAGAAUUGAUUAAUACUUUCAUAAAACUGAUUUCUCCAACAGCAGAGUGUUCAACAUCUUAUUGCUUUAUUCUUCAUAGACCAUGAGUCUUGUUUUAUUCAGGAUAUGUCCAAGGCAGUGAAUUACCCUUUGAAUUGUAAUGCAGGAAAACAUAAAUGCCAAUUUCAGCACUAGAUCCCACAAAAUAAAUAUUUAAACAAGAUAA